AUGAAAUUUGUGUUUAUCGUGGCUAUCGUUGCCGCAGCAUGGUAUGCGAUGGAAAAAUCCUUGUACACUUGGCUACCCACGAACUACGUCUUCGAACCUCAGACCUUGGAAUCUAUUGCCAACACCGUGAUCGCUAGCCACAAGGCUCUGGGCGACGAUUCAACCACUGAGGCAUUGCUAAAGGACGUCAGAGAGGCAUUGGCCGAUCAUUACGGCGAUCAGUACAUCAAUAAGUACGUGAAAGAAGAGUGGGUUUUCAACAAUGCUGGCGGUGCGAUGGGCCAGAUGUUGAUUUUGCACGCUUCCGUGUCGGAGUAUCUGAUCUUGUUCGGCUCCGCCGUGGGCAACGAAGGCCACAGCGGUGUCCAUUUCGCGGACGACUACUUCACUAUCCUCAAGGGAACGCAAUACGCCUCGUUGCCCUGGAAUCCAACCCCAGAGGUGUACACAGCGGGAAUGACCCACCACAUGCACAAGGGCUACGGCAAACAGUACGGUAUGGACCGGGAGUCUUUUGCGCUCGAAUAUGCACGCGGCUGGAUUCCAUGCAUGUUACCAUUCGGGUUCCUCGACACUUUUACCAGUACUUUGGAUUUCUACACUUUAUACCGCACGAUUUACCUCACUGCUCGCGAUAUGGGCAAGAAUUUGAUUUUCAACCAAAAAUUCUGA